GGGUGGGACAGACUUUGGGUGCUUCCGGGGAGUGGGCGGGACCGCUGUAAACUGGAUGUUCCAGGUAUUGACACUCCAAGGAGAGCAGAGUCUGUGAGUAAACAGCUUGGGUCCAAGAGCUGACACUCCACCAGGGUGCAGCGAGCCAGACCGAAACAAGACAGAUUUACUUUGUAAGAUGAUCUUGUGAAGAGGAUGAGGACGAUGAGAUGAGCCUACAGAAAGAUUGUAUUUACUUACCUGCCUCUUGAAAAUACAGCAAAGGUCAGCAUGACGGCAACAGCUGCAGUGAGUCCUAGUGAAUACCUCCAACCAGGUGCUUCGGCUUCCCAGGAUACACAGCCUUCUCCCUUGGCUCUCCUUGCAGCAACAUGCAGCAAGAUUGGACCCCCUGCUGUAGAAUCAGCUGAGACUCCUCCUGUACCAUUACGAGCAGCCCGUAAAAGACUGAUCCCUAUAAAGCCUGCACCAUUGCCAGUGAGUCCAGGGAAGGCUGCCAUAGGCAUUCUGUCUGCUAAAGGAAACGUCAUCCAGAUCCCACAGCUGGGUGCUAGUAAUGGGCAGCUGUUCUUUACCAUCCAGAACCCCGUGGGCAAAACUGGCCAUUUUCAAAACAUGCAGCCCACCACCACCCAGGGAAUUCCACAGACAAUGGGAACUCAGUUCCAGAUUGUCAGUUCCACAGAUGGUGGGGCAACUCUUCAGCUUGCUCCAGUCUCUAACUCUACCAAACAUGUACCAAUAAAGCCUGCUCCUCCACAAAAGUCCAACAAUAUGGUCAACAUGACAGGAACUACUGCCAACAGCCUAACAUUGUCAUUGCCUUUCAAUAGUCUACAAGACUCUUCCAAUGAUGUAGGCUCUCAAUUUCUUGCAAGCAAACAGAGCAAAAAGGCACGCAAGAAACCUCUUCUAACACCUAGCUCUCCCACCCAGGAGCAGGUGGAGACUGUUGUGAUAGAGACAACAGCAGACAACAUCCUGCAAGCGGGUAACAACUUGGUGAUUGUCCAGAGCCCAGGCACAGGGCAGCCGACCGUACUUCAGCUGGUACAGCCCAAGACGGACACUCAGAUGGUGCAAAUACCCCAACAAGCACUAAGGGUGGUUCAAGCAGCAUCAGCCACUCUGCCAGCCGUGCCACAAAAAGUAGUACAAAAUGUCCAGAGCACAGAGGUUGUACCCACACAGAUAUACUUCCGCACAUCUACGGGAGAACUACAGACUUUGUUACCACAAGAUGUUACCUCUAUGCCUCAGCCCAGAGCUUUAGGAGGGACCAGUACCCUUGCAACACAACCUGGCAAGAAGAACAUCAGUCGCAAGGAACGGUCUCUACCCAAAAUAGCUCCAGCAGGAAGUGUCAUUAAUCUGAAUGCAGCACAGCUGGCAGCCACUGCCCAAGCAAUACAAACUAUUAGCAUCAAUGGAGUCUCAGUGCAAGGGGUGCCUGUUACCAUCACCAAUUCUACAGGGCAACCACAGCUCACUGUCCAGAAUGUGUCCAGUAAUAACGUGGCAAUCAGUGGUCUCAGCCCUUCCCAGAUACAGCUGCAGAUGGAACAGGCCUUGUCUGGGGAGAUUCAGCCAGGAGUGAAGAGGAGGAGGGUUGCCUGUACAUGUCCGAACUGCAAGGACGGGGAGAAGGGCAGGUGGGGACCUCCUGGCAGGAAGAGGCACGUGUGUCACAUUCCUGAGUGCGGCCGAAUGUUUCGCAAGACGUCACUCUUGAGAGCCCAUGUCCGUCUUCACACAGGGGAGAGGCCAUUUGUGUGCAACUGGGGAUUCUGUACAAAGAGGUUCACCCGAAGUGAUGAGCUGCAGAGGCACGCACGCACGCACACAGGUGACAAGCGCUUCGAAUGUCCUCAUUGUCAGAAGAGGUUUACUCGGAGCGACCACGUCAGCAAGCACUUCAAGACACACCUUGUGCCAAAGAAGCUGUAAGGCUUAGUGGAAAACGCACCCUAACUAUAUAGGACCCGAACACAAUGCCAUUGUGCUCCAGCUGGGAACCCCAUCCAGAAAUGUGGGGGGCCACAGUAUAGUAGCAUUACUUAUGUGGAACCAGCCUGAAAUUCCUGGUAGUAACAAGUGCAACUCUGUAGUAGCCUAUGUAUCGCUGAAGUGUGCUAGAGUGUUUGACAGUCAUAUGGCGUUCCUGCUGGGAACAAAUUGUGGCUGUGUGACUAGAGGGUCACUUUCUACCUGGUAAAAUGUAAGGGUAAUGUAUUUACCAGCACAUUAUAUGCUGAUGGGCUUGAAGGGAGAGGGUGUGUUACCUGACGCCAACCUGUUGGCUGGUCCAGAACAUUCCCAUUUUUUUAUACUGCUCUCCCCAUGCAGGAAGGUGCCUUAUUACCUCCCCUCCUCCAGUAACCCCGAGCAUACAAGCUUAAUUACACUUCCGCUAAUAUGCUUUUCACGCUGUUUGGAGGACGCGGCUGUGCUGCACUCACAUCUGCUGUGCCAGUUCAGGACUCUUUCCCUGUAGACAUGUUCCUACUGGGCAUGUUCAUCAGAAGAAUCCUUGUUCCUUUCUGUGCAGUGUGUACUACACAUGUUGUAUUUACAUUGUUAGCUUUCACAAGGCUUUUAAUUUAAAUAA